AUGGGAAAUUCUCAAAAGACCAAACGGCGCCAGAAGUCUAAGAGAACUUCCAAGGGUGAAAAUGACUUAACUUCUAGACGAAGUUUGGCCAAGAUCGUCGAUCAAGCAAAAGCACAAAGAAAAGCUCAUACUACGGAUCAUGAGACACCAAAUGGCGAAAAGUCAAGCAAUGACCCAAAAUUAAAUCAAAGAGUGGCCAAUGUCGGCGUUCCGGAUCAAUUCAAGGCGGUUUUUGCCAGGUUUCAACCAAAGGAAAGAAGCGAUGAGCUUCGACAAGAAGAGUCGAAUCAGCAACGUAAGGUGUUUGUUGGGAAUGAAGAAAUCGAGGGACAAGAUGCAGCAGAUGAGAGACAAAUCAGUCAAGAUAAAGAGCUUGAAAUUGUAGAUUUAUCAAAGAAAAGAUUUCGUAAACUUAACAAACCAUCACUGGCGGAGUUAAAGUCUACGGUCGUGUACCCAGAAGUCAUUCAAUGGUACGAUUGCGAUAGUCCUAGCCCAAAGGUACUGGCGAAAAUUAAGUCGUCGAAGAACGUGGUCCCAGUACCAACCCAUUGGCAACUCAAGCGGGAAUACCUCUCUGGAAGGUCAGUAACAGCCAAGAAACCGUUUGAACUUCCGGAAAUAAUUCGUCAAACGAAUGUUGAAGAGAUGCGUAAUACGCUACCAACGCAAGAACCUGUUGAAGAAAAAUCACUAAAAGAGAACUCAAGAGCCCGAAUAAGGCCCAAGCUGGGUAGCUUAGACUUAGACUACCGCAAAUUGCAUGACGCUUUUUUCAAGCUGGGACGGAACUGGAAGCCAGAAUACAUGCUAUCCUAUGGAGAUGAAUUUUACGAAAACCGAAACUUAGAAGAGGAAGUACAGUGGAAGCACAUGGAAAGGAGUUUUCGUCCAGGAAGAAUAAGCAAGGAGUUGAGAAUAGCCUUGGGGCUUCCCGAAGGAAAACUUCCGCCUUGGUGCUCCAAAUUCAACGAGCAUGGAAUGCCACCUUCAUACCCAGAUUACAAAGUUGCUGGGGUGAAUUGGGACAUAUCAAAUAUACACGGCGAUGUUUACGGAGUACUAGAAACUAAGAGAGACGGUCAACGAACGACUUCACUUUUUGGCGAAAUAGUAGAGCUCGAAAGUGAAGAUGAAGACACGAAUGAAAAUGCCGAACCUCAAGAACAGCAUAGUGAAGUGACCAAAGGGCACAACAAAGAGGAUGAAGACGAGGAGACGGCUAAAAAAAGGAAGAAAAUGGAAGACCAAAUACGCGCUGAAAGUAUGAAAGAGGUGCUGAAACGCAGAAAAAUAAACCAAGGCGGCGAAGUUGGCCACGAGAGACCGAAGAGACUAUAUUCCGUUAUAGGACAAAAGGAUGAGGCAGGAGACAACCAACUCACAGGCAGUAGGGUUGUGUACGAUAUCAGUGGAUCAAGACAUGUUCCCGAUGAAGGUCAGUCCACCGAGGAAGGCAUUAAACGACAUAAUUCCUCUGCAAAAGAGCAAGUUUCCGGUGGGGAAGAAGUAGGAGAAGAAGAUUCAAAAGAUUUCAAAUUUUAA